AUAAUGUAAAUAGGCUAAGGGGGGUGUACAGACAGCGACAGUGGAAAGGCCGGGGCGGUUGGGAGGUUCGUUAUCGUACAGGGAUAUGUCCUUUUUGCUAGACUCUUGUGCCUUAUCUUGUGAUCUGCCGCGGUGCAUUAUGGUGAUACUGAAGGGUUCCGAAGGUACUUUGUUCUCCUGCUGUUUUACAGAUUAGUAUGUCAUGUGGCGCAUGCAAAAAGGUUGGGAAACUGUACACAAGGACACAAGCAAGAGUACCGCAUGUAUUGAUUCAACACCUGUGUUAUUCUGACUUGAGGGGCAAACGAAAACACAACCCUAAUGCGAAAACGGCACUCAGGACCAUCCAAGUUUGCUUGUCAGCACUACGAAACACAUCUGGUGGCAAACUGAUAAUUCAUAUCAGUGGACAAGCAUGUAGUGAUCGUUUCCUUGGCUAUUUUGAUGAGUUUCUUGAAGAAAGUCUGAACAAUUUGAUCUGUGAUGGACAGUUAUUUGUUGACGCAUACGAGCGACACUGGUUAUGGAAAUUACCAACCUUUGAGAAUUACAGAGAUUUCAUCGUUAUAUCUGUAACUGAAACCAAAGGUGUUGCCACGGUUGAUUUCAAAACCAAAGUUUGUUCAGAUCUUAAGGUUGAACGACCAUCAGCACUAAAUAUUAGGUCCCUUUUGUGUGAUUCGGUCUCACCACGAGUGAAAGCUGCAGAAUUUAGAGGGAUCGAACCAGUACCCUAUGAAAGUCGACAUGUACAACUAAAAACAUUCAAACCAAAGGAAGACGACAGAAAGAUUAUAGACAACGAUCCAGAGAGAUUUGCAAACUAUGUUUGGGAUAAACUUCGUUUUCGAGAAUAUCUGAGUUGCAUGACGAAAAUCGAAGAUGGUGGUUCUUAUUAUUUAGGCAUUACCGAAAAGAAGAAUACCUUCACGACACAUGGUGAAGAAAAGUAUGAAAGCCUUGUUCCACAUAUUGAAGGUUUUGAGCUACAGUUUGAUGUGGAAGAGCUACAGAGACAACUCAUUCGUGUUAUAACAUCUGGUGCUACCAUAUAUUUUGCCAAUAGUUCCUUUAUGGACAUUCCAAAAGAACUAGUAAAAUUCAAAUUCUACAAUGUAGCAAGGGACAAAUACGUUCUUGAAAUUGCAGUUGGUAGUUUGGCGGGAGGAAUUGUGUUCUUUGACAAGCAAGGCCCGGAAGCUUAUCAAAUAGUGUCGACAGGAAAUGUUGAAAGAUUGACCAAAGAGGAUUGGUUACUGAGAAUGAGGAGUACGUUAGAUGACAUUUGCAUGUCAAUACACAUUGAUUAAACAAUGUCAGCACUUCAAUAAGGAGAGUCAGAACUUAUAUAUAAACGGACUGAACUCAGUUAUCAAAGUGAAACAUUCUACUCUGCGAUCUCCAUAAGGAAAGGAUCAAGAUUGGGACGGCACACAUUGUUUUGAGUGCAUUAAAAUGGCUUCAAACUCAGAUGGGACCGAUUCUGACAUACAUACUGGCAACCUUCAUGAGAGCAUUCGCUGUGAAUACACUAAGACAUACUCGUCUACCUAUGGCAGCAGUGAUUCAGAGUCUCAAGCCCGCUGUAACUCUGAUUGUGAUGGGGUUUCUGGUCCUGGUGAUGCAAUUCUCCUUGGAGAUAUUAAUGAACGGAGUAAGAGACGUGACGAUAAAGAUUCCGAAUCAGAUCACAAACCGAUGCCUCAAAUGGAUUUUGAUCAGAAGGACCUCCUUCCCAUCCUCAAGGACUUGCAGCGCCAGAUCUUGGAUGUCAAGGCUUCCGUAGACUCGCUUCGAGAGGAGGGUCGAGUAAAUCAUGAGCAGAUCAUGAAGCAGUUGGUGAGGAUUGAAGGCGGUAAUGACGAAAGUGGCAAGAAACCUCGCAGUCGGCGACCAAGCUUACAGACCGCAAGGCACUCUUCAUUGGACACGUCUUUGGGCAGCCAAGUACUUACACAGGUACACAGUCUACAGCUGCAGGCACCGCAUUGCGGAUAUGCAUUCGUGCACGACAAAGGAAGCUCUGGAGGCGGUAAUGACGAAAGUGGCAAGAAACCUCGCAGUCGGCGACCAAGCUUACAGACCGCAAGGCACUCUUCAUUGGACACGUAUUUGGACAGCCAAGUACUUACACAGUUACACGGUCAACAGCUGCAGGUACCACAUGACGGAUAUGCAUUCGUGCACGACAAAGGAAGCUCUGGAGGUAAUGGAUCUGGUGAAGAUUAGAUGGAGAGUGUUAUGUCUUGCAUACAAAAGACAACGAGUUAUAUCAUAUAUAUACAUAUAUAUACAUACAUAUACAUACAUACAUACAUACAUACAUACAUACAUAUAUAUAUAUAUAUAUAUAUUCAGGUGAAGGCUGACUAAAAGUAGGAAAUUGUCACAUUCUGACUCGCACUCUCACUCUCACUCUCUCUCUCUCUCAACGGACAACGGACAAAUGUAUCAGAGAAUGUAUUUUUUAAUCAUUAAUGUCCAAUAAAGGAUUUUAAUUAACGGUGG